GUAAAAAAUGGCAGAAGACAUUGGUGUCGAGCCGUGUUUCGAUAUGGAAGAUCCGAAACCCCGAAAAGAGGCGCUGAAAAAGAUGAAAAAAGUGGAGAGGUCGGCGCCGGCGAAAAUUGAGGCGGAAAUUCCAAUGGAAACCGACGAAAAACCAGCGGAAGAUGGUGAUAAGCCAAUGUCAAAGACGCAAAAGCGAAAAUUAAAAAAAGCGGCGGCGAUUGAACGGAAAGAGCGGGCUGAACGUGGAGAGCCUGAACCAGAAGCCACCGGAGAGCCCGAGCCUAAAAAGGAGAAGCUCGACAAGCCGAAACACAAGGGAAAGGACAAAAAUCACAGUUUUGAGGCGAUCGAGAAGAAAUAUAGUGCUCUGCUGGGAAAACUCACCGAAACUACGACGAAUUUCAAAGAAGGCGAAAUAAUCAUCAAAAAGGAGGUUGAAGACGGAAAAAUCACCGAAGACGAGGCACACACUCUUUAUAGAGUUUAUAAUAGGAAUUUGAGGCUUAAACGUCUCCGUGAGAAAUUGAACAAAGUGCUCGGCGAUGGAGCUUCAUUGGAAGCUGUAAAGCAGAAAAUCAAUGAUUGGCGAGCUGCUGGAAAGGUUACUGUAGCCGAUGCUAUGCUUUUGGUGAAAAGAUGGAAAACGAGAGAGACGAGACGAAUCGGACGUCAGGAUCAGAAGAUUACCGGCUCCGCAUGCUUCCACUGCCGUGAGCCAGGCCAUCGCCUGGCUGAUUGCCCCAAAAGGAAUAGUUCAUCAUCGGAUGGUGUAUGCUUCAAGUGUGGAUCCAUGGAACACUCGAUUCACGAAUGCAAGAAGAAAGGAGUCAAAGGUUUUCCAUAUGCCACGUGCUUCGUGUGCAAACAAGUCGGACACAUUUCCCGUGAUUGCCAUCAAAAUGUGAAUGGAGUCUACCCGGAUGGCGGUUGCUGUAACGUAUGCGGUGCAAAUACCCACUUGAGACGGGAUUGUCCGGAGCUGGCAGCUCAGAAGGCCGGCGGAGCACAUUUCGAGAAGAAACAUUUCACCGCCCGUGCAGCCUCCAACUGGAAUACUCAAUCCGCCGACGCAGACUACGAUCCGACUGAAAAUUCGACGCAGGAGAAGAAGCCGGCCGCUGCCGCUGCCAAAAAAGCAACGGCGAAACACAUUAAAUUUUGAGCCCCCGAUUUUUUUGCAAUUUUUGAGUUAUUUGUUGAUUUUCUCUUGUUUUGUUGUUUGUUCCCCAGAAAAAAUAAAAAAUUCUGCAGUU